AUGUUUGGAUUUGGCGAAGACGACCACGAAAAGGUUUACGGUGACAAGCACGAAGGCAAGUUCUCCCACGAAUUGUUGGCUGGUGCUGCAUCUUUCGAAGCUGCUAAGCUUUUUGAAGACAAGCAAAGAAAGGAAGGCAAGCCAGUUUCCCACAAGUUUGCCAAGGAACUUCUUGCCGGUUUUGCUGGAGCUGAAGUUGACAAGUUGGUCGAAACCAAGGGUUUGGACUACUUGGACAGAGAUAAGGCUAAGGAACAAGCCACCCAAAGAGCCGUUGACAACUACGAUCAACACUACGGUGGUAGCGAACAAUGGCACCCAGACUCCCAGCCACCAUUCGACUACCAAUCGAACAAGUACAAUUACUAG